UGAGUGAAUGACACUGGAUUCGGGGCUGUAAUCCAACUGCAGGAUAUACAUGACCAUUUGAGGAUUUCAUUUGAUAGAAAAGUAUUAUUCUUCAUAAUUCUGCCAUAGUUACUGAAUUUUUAAGGAACAAAUGAUUUUUCUCUUAUUAUCGAAAGUGAGCAAAUCGAAUUUUACAAAUACGUCUACUGAAACUUAAAUUUUGCGCCUACGCAACUUUUUUCUUGCUGUGGAUAUUGACCACUCUCCUGAGACCCGGAUCUUCCUGAAAUGCACGGUUAAUGGAAUCUUGUUUUACCACGGUUACUGAGCGUUCAAAUAAAUUAAGCGACUUCGAGACAUAAUUCUAUUAAAUCUGUGUAACUCCCACCCACACACCCCAAAAGGACGCUCUUCUUGGGAUGUUGAGUUCAGUGAAGAUGGAGUCUCAUGAAAUACCAGAUUGGAAUUCCUUCUACAGCGAGGCGAACGAGAUGUACCCUUCUCCUAGUACAAUGAAUUCCAGUCUGGGGACUAUGAACGCCAUCAAUAGCUACAUUAAUCUAAAUUCCGCUGGGUCCCCGGCUGCCAUGAAUAUAGGUUACUCUACAGGUAGCUUCUCCACCAGCCCCCUUGCCCCCAUUGGUGCAGGCAACAGCCACAUGAACUUGGCCCCAGCCUCCUCUUCCCUCAGCUCUGGCACCCUUACGCAGAUGAACUCUCCUGCACCAACCCUCAGCUCCCUUUCCCCUUACCAAAACAUCGGCCAAUCCAUGGGACAGCUGAACUAUACUUCGCCAGCUACAUUAAACAGGACUAAGGAAAUGCCAAAGACUUACCGCCGUUCGCUAACACAUGCCAAGCCGCCUUAUUCCUACAUCUCACUCAUCACCAUGGCCAUACAGCAGUCCAACAGCAAGAUGCUCACCCUCAAUGAGAUCUAUCAGUGGAUAAUGGAUCUGUUCCCCUAUUACCGAGAGAACCAACAGAGAUGGCAGAACUCAAUUCGCCACUCGCUGUCCUUCAAUGACUGCUUUAUCAAAGUGGCUCGUUCCCCUGAUAAGCCAGGCAAGGGGUCAUACUGGGCUCUGCACCCCAACUCGGGCAACAUGUUUGAGAACGGCUGUUACCUCCGGCGCCAGAAGCGUUUCAAGAUUGAAGACAAGGCUGGGAAGAAGUGUUCUGGGAAAUCCCAAGAGGGAGGCAAAGCAGGGCAUAAGGAAAACCUCCAGAACGAAUCUAAUCUUACCCCAGGCUCAGAAGGGGCAGAUUCUGGCCAUUCAAACAGCUCCCAUCCGGGAUCAUCCUCUGAAGAGCAGCAACCACAAGGAUUAGUGCAGUUGGAGUGUCCCCAGUCUCUCGUUCAGGGAACACCUAGUAUCUCCUCAGCCCUGUCCUCGGUGUCCACUACAACACACCUCCACUCCCAGACUGUGAGUGGUAGCCCCCUCCUCUCAAGUGUCAUGCAACAUAUGGACCCCCAAAAUGACCCCCUAAAGUCCAUGGACCCACACUAUAACUUCAACCACCCUUUUUCAAUCACCAACUUAAUGUCCAAUGAGCAGAAGAUGGACCUCAAGUCCUACCAAGACCAAAUGAUGACUUACAAUACCUACAGUGCAUCCUCACCAGUGGCUGCUAAGCAGAUCUAUGACAGCAAUGGGCCCUCUGCCAUUGACUCUGGAACCUACUAUCAAACCUUGUAUAGCAGGUCAGUUUUGAAUGCUUCAUAGAAUGUUGCCCUUUGAACUCGCCCUUCUAAUACUCUUACAGUUACACUAUUGGGUCACACUAUUCAGCCUAUAUAAAACAUGCAAAGUUGGAGAUACAAACAAGAUUGGUGACCUCCACUGGAUAGUUAAAAGCCAGGUUAAAGAUAAUGGAUAUAAAAUGAGCCGAAGAUGAAUGUUUCCCAAUCUGGUCCUCGGGGACACAGUCAUGUCAGACAGUCCACGUUUUUGUUCUGGGAAACUGGGAGGGAGCAAAAAUGCGCACUGCCUGGCACGUAGCUCAGAGGGAGCAAAAACAUGGAUCAGCCUGGACCCCCCAAGGACCAGAUUGGGAAACACUGCUCUAGAUUACCAAAGAGGUAGGUUUUUAAAAGUGCAUGCAGGGUUAUCAUAGUGAAUAUGCACCUUUGUUACUUAACUGUUACCUGGGAGUCAUUUUACAGAAUAAAGAACAAAGAACAUAAAAAGCUCUUCUUAGGCUCAUGCACAAAGAACUGUAAAUAUUGUCAGUAGAGCUGCAUUUAUUUAUAAAAUGAAGAAAUUAAUAUAUCUUGUACAGAGUUGCAUUUAAUCAUAUAAAAUGGAAUAAAAUAAUUUCUGAGGUUGUGGCGAACUCAUGAGGUUCAUGUUACUGCUUUUUUCAACUGUUGCUGAAUAAGAACCCCUCAGUGUGUUACAGUGUAAUGCUCCAUUGCAGUUUAAAUAGCAUGUUGUUUUCAUUGUGUACUUUUCACUGGUUUUAUGGUAGAAAAUGUUUUUAUUUUUUUAGUGCUGUUCUUACCUUUGCUUCUAGCAAUUGCUGUUUUUCUUUUUUUUUAAUAGGGAAUUUUCUCUUUUAUGAUCAAAGAGAAAAUCAUGGACUUUGGAGGAAAUGAAACAAUUUAUUUAAAAUUUAAUGAAACUACUGUAGCAAAUCUAUUUUCAAGUUUGUUUCUUUGUUCAUGUUCCGGAUCAUUAUAUAUUAAGAAAGACAUAAGACAAGUUUCUGAGUUUUUUUUCAAUUUUUUUUGGAUAAAAUCAUCAGUUAACAUCCCAAUUACCCCACCAUGAAAAAAAAAAUUCAACCGUAACUUGUAUGUAUAAGAUUUGAUUUCCAUAGUUAUCAUGAAAACAGACUGAUAGAUGUUAAAUAAUUUAUCAUCAACAUGAACAGAAAAAUAAAUAUAAAUGAAUCAUAUUAGUAAUAAAAAUAAUACAAAUUCAGGUCAUUUUUAUGGUUGUUAUUAUUUAUCAUCAUUAUUAUUCUUAUAUGUUUAUUCAAAUGGAUGAAAAUAAUGUGUAUGUACCAUAUUUUCUGAACUUAGAAGUGUUUUAAUAUCUGUAUUUCCACACUGUUUUUAGUUUGAUUUUAUUGUGUGAAGACAAUAGGUAAAAAAUUGUUGGAUAUACUGUUAUUUUAGAAUUUGUAAUGCUAUCAGUAAGGCUGGUUUUUGAAUUACUGGCUGAUAAACAGUUUUCUAACAAAAGUCAUCUUGUUUUCAUUUCAAAAAUUUGCAAAGGACACCAUAUCCCAUGCUAACUUUUUCUAGUACUGGUGUGUUGUGAGGAUGCUUAAUUAGAUGUGAGAAUGUUUGAUUAGAUGUGAGAAUGCUUAAUCAGUUAGAAAGUGUAUCUUGACAGCUAAACACUUGUUGUAAAAUCACAUGCAAUGCAUACAUUUGCUAUUGCACAAUUUCAAGGGCUAUGUCAAGGCAUCUGUGUGUGCUUGGUUUAUAUGACCUGUGUCAUAUGUGACAGACUCACACAUACCCAGGAUUCUCAAGUAGGUUUUAUUUUGAUUCUUUUACCUUAUGAAGAUAAUGAAAAUAAAGAACCUUAAUUUGAGCUUAUGUGGGGGAAAAAACAUUUUAAAACACCAAAUGUACACAUUACAUUUUCUGGGACUGAAUUAAAGUAUAAUAGGAUUUGAAAAAAGCGUUUUCAAUGUACAUAUAUGUUAAAAUGAGGUUUAAUGUUUUAAACAGUUUCUUCUAGACCAUUUCUGUUUUGUGUUUUGUGGUUUUUAAAAUUGUUGCGCUAAAUUCAUUAAAUAAUUUAAAUUGAAAAACAUCUUCUUGCCUGUCUUUAAAAAGAACUGAGAAUAAUGAAAUUCGAAUUGUGUUCAUUUUAACAUUGAUACUUGAUUGGUGCUAGUUCACGGCAGGGUACAAAUUUACAUACUAUAGGCAAUUCAGAGGCACCAGUUCAUCUAAUCGCAUAUUUUUGCCCUUCUGCCUGGGGGAGGGGGUGGGGUGGGAGACAUGCAAAUUCCACACACAUGUAGCUGGGUGGGAGAUCGUACCCACGGUACCUGAUGUUUGAGCCAACACCAUGUCCAACUGAGCCCCCAUGUCACACCCAUCUAUAUGAAUGAUAUGUUACAUUGAAUCAUUUUGGUUUUUACAGAUAACGUAUAGUUUCUUUUCACCAGUGAAACAAUGGUCGUAGAACUAGCACAACUCAAAACAGCUGAAAGACCCCAGGAACCCAAAGAAAUUACACCUUAGAGUUAGACUUCAGAAAUGUGACUGUGAACUAUACACAGUGAGUAGGGAGUUAAUACAUUUAAGCUGAUAAGAUCAGCCACUUCCACUGAUACGGUAUCCAUAGCUUCACAAUGGCAUACAAGGCCAUACUUUAAAAAAAACAUUAAAAUGACAUAUUUUUCCAGAAAAUUGUUACAGUUUAUGCAAUUUGUUCAUUGUUGUUUUUUUUGGUCCCACAAAGAAUGGGCCAAAAAUAACUCACAUCUCAAAUUGUAAAUAUUAAUUUAGAUAAUUAUUGAAUCAAAUCAGAAAAUGAAUAGUGAAUGUUAUCUUGGUAUGUUCUUACAGCUUUGUGAAAACAGACUUUUAAUCUGCCAUACUCAAGAGACACCUGAACAUAUAGUUGUCCAGCAAACUGAGAAGAGAAACAGUUUUGUUUGGGAUAUCUGAUGAACAAUUCAGUUGAUUAGUUGGAGAACCACAGCAUCUCUCUAACUUAAUUGUAUAAUGCAACAGUUCUCCAUCUUUUUACUUUAAAUUGUAUGACAUUAGCAAAUAAAUACUGGAAAAAGACUGGAAGUUAUGUUUAUCUAUGGUAUUUAAAAUGAAAUGUUGUAUACUGAAAUGCAGAUUUGUUUUAAUUUGAUUUUACUUGAAUAAAUGUGUAAGAGUGUAAU